CUUUACCAAAAAGGAAUGGUUCUGGCGGGCCUUCCGGAUCGGCGAUCAUGAGCCUCGUUGAGUCGGAGUCAUGAUAGCAGGGAGUAUCGACGACGAGGCGACGAUGGCCAUACAAUCAACGCCAGAGACCACUCAAGUAAAUGGCACAACCUGUGACUCGCCCGUAGACGAAAACGACAGGAUAUUGAGCAUCCAGUCGCACGUCGCAUACGGUUAUGUGGGCGGAAAGGCCGCUGUAUUCCCCCUCCAAUGUAUAGGCUAUGAUGUUGAUGUAGUCAACACCGUGAAUUUUUCAAAUCACACCGGUUAUGAACGCUUCGGUGGAACCAGAGCAUCUGCAGAAGAACUCUCGUCGAUCUUGAAGAUGAUGGAUGAGAUUGGCUUGCUAUCUCCCCACAGACUUCUCACAGGUUAUAUACCAAACGCUGCUGCUUUGGAAGUCGUAAAGGAACUUGCGCAAAAACUCAAGUCACGCAACCCGCACCUCAUAUACCUUAUGGACCCUGUGCUCGGUGACUCUGGAAAGCUCUAUGUAUCACAAGAUGUAAUACCCAUAUACAAGGUGAUGUUUUCUUUUGCGACCAUCAUCACCCCAAACUGGUUUGAAGUCGAGACUCUUACCGGUGUACCACUCCUCUCCCUAAGCGCUCUCCACAAUGCCCUAUCCAUUUUACACAAGCACGUUCAACACGUCAUUAUUUCCUCCAUCCCCUUACAGCCAUGGUUAUCCAAGGUCCUACCUGAAACCAUGCAGCCUCCGGCCUCUGCGGAUAACCAACAAGCCUAUCUCCUCUGCAUCUCGUCAUCCCGCACGAUAGGAACAAGCUCCCAUUCCACAGUACACGCCAGACUCGUCCCACUGAUUGCAGGAUACUUCUCUGGAGUAGGCGACCUCUUCUCCGCACUGGCUCUCGGGCACUUCAACCCAUCUCCCACGCCUUCAGACAACAAACCUCAUUCAGCAACACAGACCCCAUUGUCAUUCGCUGCCGCCGCCGCUCUGCACAAGACGCACUCCAUCCUUGAGUUCACCAACGCAUUUGCAGCGCGGCUUCCACCUGAAGACCGCACGACUACUGAUGAUGAGCUUGACGCCGCUGAGCCCGUACGAAAGCUCAAACGAAUGAGGGGCAGAGAGCUUAGACUUGUGCAGGGGCAACACAUACUGCGAGAGGAAUGGAGGGAGGGGCAGGGGAAGGACCUGCAAUUCUGGGAUGGAUUCUGGGACUCGUUUUAAAAGAGAUACCAGUUUUCUGCAUAUCACCUAUCGUAUUACACGCGGUCAGACUCAGCACACCUAACACUAGAAAUUUUUUCUAAAUUUUGCUUUUCCUAAGAAAUUUGACAGGCCAGCGUCUCGGCGGCCGAGAGUUAACAUUCAAACCCUUGUAAAUCCGAAAACACUACAUUAGUGCACACCACUGAAUAAAACGAGCCUAAAGUAUAUACAACCAGGUUAGCAGUGUACUACGACCCUACCCCACCCUGCUGCACAAUCUCUAUCGGCGUCAUGCUCCCAUGACUAGACGCCGGUAUCGACGACGCUGCAUUCCUCAACUGCUCCUCCGUCAUCCGUCUACGACGCUCCCCCACCUUCCAUAUCACAUCUUUCAACUCCUGCACCACCUCCCCACCCGGCCCCCACCGCUCAAUCUUGGGCGCAUGCUCAUCAG